GUUUGAAUGUUUCAAGACAAAGAGCUCAAUAAACUACCAUCUGCUUUUUACCCUAGCUCUAUUCAGUUUAAUAGUAACCACGGAAACAGUGUUGAAGAGACAUACUGUUAAGUCUGGGCUGUUGGUACACACCUAUAUCCCUGCACUCAGGACAUAGAAGCAGGAGGAUUGAGUUCAAAGCCAGCCUGGGCUACAGAGCGAGAUCCAGGACAAGCACCAAAAACUACACAGAGAAACCCUGUCUCAAAACAAAAAACGGUGCUGUCUCAUAGCAGCAGCAGAGACGCGGCCAAGCCGCUACCGGAGCAUGGUUGCCUGUUAGCGGACAGUGACAAGACUCCAAAGCUGGCUCUUGUCUACGGCCAGGAGCUAAUGGCAGGGGACAGAAGCAAGCAUUGUGAGCUGGACCAAGAAAAAUAUGAUGCUCAUGACAACGUGAAGAUCAUCUGGGGAGACAGUGCAGUGGGCAAGUCCAACUUCUGGGAUACGGCAGGCCAGGAGACGUUCCAGAGCAUGCAUGCCUCCUACUACCACAAGGCUCACGCCUGCAUCAUGGUAUUUGAUGUCCAGAGGAAAAUCACCUAUAAGAACCUGGGCACCUGGUAUGCAGAACUUCAGGAGGUCAGGCCGGAGAUCCCAUGCAUCCUGGUGGCCAAUAAAAUUGAUGCAGACUUACAGAUGACUCAAAAGAACUUCAGUUUCGCCAAGAAGUUUUCCCUGCCCCUGUACUUCCUCUCAGCUGCUGAUGGUACCAAUGUGGUGAAGCUCUUCAAUGACGCAAUUCGAUUAGCUGUGGCUUACAAGGAAAGCUCCCAGGACUUCAUGGAUGAGGUUUUACAGGAGCUUGAGAACUUCAAGUUGGAGCAGAAAGAGGAGGAUACACCAGACCAAGAGCACAGUGGCAUGAUCAAGAGCCCGUCUCCUUCUUAAUCAAGAGGACACCCACACGUGGCUGAGUAGGGGUAUCAGGGAGCUAUUUGAAAUGCCCAACAUCUCUGGAGAACCUCUCCAGGCUACCCCUGCUCAACUUCCUGCAAACCCACUGUUCUGUGGUCCAUGAUGAGGUCAACACAAACACACUAGACAGGCAUGAUAUCCCACCAACUUCCUACAGCAGGAUGAAGGGAUCCAUGUCUUUCGAAUCUCCCCACCCCACCAGCAGCCUGGCAGUGUAGAAUCAGUGAACAUGCUCAUGUUUUCUUACUAGACAUGUAAUGUUUGUUGUCUUUCAUCCCAAACUGACCUCAGGGAUUCUCCUUGCUGCUGACAGGACUGCUGACCCCUAACUACGCUGUGUCCUGCAGAAUCUGUGACCUCUGUCCCUUUGCCCUCUGAGUCUCCCAACCAACUUUUUAAACAACAUUUUGGACAGACUGUUGAUUCCAGAUUUUUUUUAGUGCUGUUUCAGGAGCUCUUCUAGGUCAGGAAUAGGACUCCGUUGCAGUCACAUGAAAACACGCCAAGUCUAGCCAUAUCUGGUCAUAUCCGCACAUUACUAUUACCCACCACAUGAACAACAGCUUCUUUUGAAGCCUCUAUCUCAGAGUAGAAAGUGUUCCUCCACCUGUCUAGCAUCUUCUGUGGGUGGCAGGAAAUGGCAUGGGAAGAGCUGCCCUGCUUCCUGCAGCUUGCUAGCCUGCACUUAUGAUUGUCUUCAGCAUCAUUUCCAUUGUCUUUAUUAUUUUGUUUGUAUUGUUUCCUUUUGUACAAUAAAGAUUAAAUUUCAUAAAAAAUAACAACAACAAAUAAAGACACAUUCUCCUUAUUAAACUUAGAGUUAUAGGUAAUUUUUCAGUCAAAGCCCUUUGACUACUUAAAGGAAAUAAUUGUGGUCUUUUGAUAGUAAGAAACUUAUUUCAGAAAUAAAUUUUUAGGUAAGUUUUAAAACUACGUGAAGUUUUAUUAGAUUACUACAUUAAAUGAAGACAUAAAGAUGUCUAAACCCAGUUCUAGAUAGCAAAGAGAUGAUUAGGUUAUAGGGAACACAACAAACCAGUAGAAUGCCAUAAAGUAGCAGUUCUCCACCUGUGGGUUGUGACUCCCACAGGGGUCACUUAUCUGAUAAACUGCAUAUUAGAUAUUUACAUUACAAUUCAUAACAGUAGCAAAAUUACAGUUACGAAGUAGCAACUAAAGAAUUUUAUGGUUGGAGGUCACCACAACAUGAGUUGUAUUGGAGGGUCACAGCAUUAGGAAGGGCACUGCCAUACAGCUUAUAGGUAGAUGGUGAAUAGUUGCUUCUCUAGGAAAUGAAAGAGAUCAUAAAAGACUUCAAGGAUGAAUAAUUUGUGUUGAAUUUUCAAAAGUAUUUGUGAGUUGAGGAUUUCUUUUUUUUAAGAUUAUUUAUUUAUUUAUUAUACAGUGUUCUGUCUGCAGAUAUCCCUGCAGGCCAGA